UUGACAGUCAUGCUGCUUUGAGAGGCGGUAGGCAGCAUAAAGAGAGGCACUUUCCUCAGUGUACUACGAAGUAACCAAGCAUGGGAUUAAGCACUCGUAUUCUGGAGAUUCUGGCACGAGAAAAAGUCGAAAGAGGAGAACAACAGCCUCUCUAAUAUCUCUCCCUCGGAACUUGUUGUUCUUCAUCCAAGGGGCUCAGAAGCGAACAGAAAAACCCGGAACAACAGAAAACAUGCGACUCGCAUCUUCUGUUAUCAUCACCAUCCUCCUGACUCUGACUGCUACCGUCCCCGAGAUGGCGACCGAGAAGGCUCGGGAACGAGAGCUCUGUGUCUGUACAGAGAAUAACUGUCGAGGUCCCGAUUGCUGCUACAACGGCACUUGCUAAUCAGAAUGGACAAUCGCGUACUGACUACGGUUGGUUGGGAGUUGGGGUGGAUUG